CGCUAUAGUGACACCGCAGACGCCAGACAGGCCGCACGUAUCGCCGCCCGACGACAUGCCGCCGUACGCGAACCUCGCCCGCUUAAUCGCCGCAUCAUUAUUGCUAGUAUGCACGUGGCUGGUCGCGGCCACCGACGCUUUGGCUGCCCGACAGAGUACCGCCAUAAAAUUCCAGGAUUUCCCGACGGACGCCGAGCAAAUGGACCGACCUUGCUGCGGCGGAUCAGCCGCUAUGGGCAACCGUGACGUCAGCCGAGGGGCACGAGAGAUUCCUCUAAAUGUCAUAAGGGAGCUGAAUAAGGUGUCGAAUGUUUCAGACCUGUUCAGAAAGUUCUUGCCGGACGUUGAUGUGUACGAAGCCCAACAACUCGUUGCCACUUCUGGUCUUCAAACUCGUACUAUAAUGAACAUCGAGAGAAAAUCUGCUCUCAUGCCCAAAGCUUCUGGCUGCACUCCCGAGUACAGGUCGGUCAACUUAAAAGAUAACGACGACCCGAGCUUAUACUAUUAUCCACCGUGUACCCGAGUGAAUCGAUGUGGAGGCUGUUGUGCUCAUGACCUGUUAGCCUGUCAACCAACCAAAGCUGAGAUGUUAAACUUCGAGGUAAUGGUCUCGCAGUACAACGAAGAGGGUAAAUUGGAAUACAAAGGACGCAAAGCCAUAACCGUCGAACAACAUUUGAAAUGUAAAUGCGAUUGCAUUGUCAAGGAACAGGACUGCAACCAUCUGCAAAAGUACCAUCCAAACGAAUGCCGGUGCGUGUGCAGCAACGAGGAAGACCAGGAAAAAUGCAAUGAGGAGCACGACAUCAAACUGUGGAACCCGGCAACGUGCACGUGCCAAUGCCGGGACGUACAAGAAUGCACUUCAGGGUUCAUAUUUGACUACACUACAUGCAGAUGUGAAGCCAGCACUAGGACCAGAAUAAGAAAUCCCACAUACGACUCUUUUAACCGGAACAGAUAUACUAUCGGAGAGACGUAGAACAGUAUCGAACUACCAAGGGGUAGGAAUGGCCGUAAGAUAAACACAGAAACUAGCCGUUUACCACCAAUUGAAUUAUUGUAUUAUUAUUAUUUAUUAAAUUUAUAAAACGCUACUGUUCAUUUAUUGUACAUUACAUUGUAAAUACUCAUUCGGAAAUAUGUUAACUUAUUAGUUUUCGUUCAGUUAAAUAAACUUGAAACGAAUU